AUGGACACUGUUCUCAGCAGCAAACAUAAAAUCUUUGGAAUUGUGGUGGUGCAUCAGGCAUUGGGAUCACAUUCAAGUUUACCUAUGGUUCAUACCUUUAAAAAUGCAUGUGUAGCUGCUUACCCAAGCACUGUGCAAAAUGAUAUCUUGUGGUUUUGGCCAAAUACUGACCCUCAAUUCAAAGAUAUUAUUGCAACAAAAAGACCCCCCUUCAUACCAGUCCUGGAUGAUCCAUCGUAUAGUAGAUCAAUGGCAACCAGAGAUAUUCCUUGUGGGUAUGAGGUGCUGAUUGAAAACCUUAUGGAUCCUUCACAUAUUCCAUAUACACACUAUGGGUUUACGCGUGCACCAAUACAUAUGUUGGGCUUGGUUAACUUAACAGAUAAAGCUGAUAGAGAAGGAGGAAAACCACUUGAAUUGUCAAUUGAAGAGUUUAAUGUCAAUGGUUUCAGAGCUAACCAGGGUUUGUUGUACAAAAGCAAAUUUAUGCCACCAUGCAUUUUUUAUGCAUAUCAUCCUGAUGAAGAUGCUUCAUCUGCUGAAACCCAGAAAUCAUUAGUUAAGAAGAAAUCUGCAGUAGUCGUUGUUUGUAUUCCAGUUAGUCCUGGUAAAAGCAGAUUGAUAUGGAGCUUCCCAAGAAACUAUGGAGUGUGGAUUGACAAAAUUGUACCACGAUGGUUGUUCCAUCUGAGACAUAACCUGAUUCUAGAUUCAGAUUUAUAUCUUCUCCAUCUUGAGGAACAUAAAAUAAUGGAUGUUGGUCAUGCCAAUUGGAAAAAUGCUUGUUUUGUGCCAACAAAGGCAGAUACCUUUGUGAUUGGUUUUAGAAAGUGGUUAAAGAAGUAUGCAGGUGGUCAAGUUGAUUGGAGAGGAAAAUAUAAGGGUGGGGUUCUUCCUCCAACACCUCCUAGAGAACAGCUUUUGGACAGGUACUGGAGCCAUGUUGUGAACUGCAGGAGUUGCAAUUCUGCUUAUAAGAGCCUCAAAGUGGUUGAAGUCAUGUUGCAGAUCAUAUCCGUUGCUUCAAUUGGGAUUUUUGCCACAAUGAAGCAGGGUGGAAUGUCAGUGGUAACAAGGAAUUCAAUGGUUGUAUUUGCAGUACUAUCAUUUGCCUUGUCUCGAUGGUUAGCUCACUUCAUAUACAAAAACUUCCAUUAUCAUGACUACAACCAUGCCUUUCGCUGAGGUGUGUUCCCAAAGUUCUUCAUGUCCAACUAUGUAUGUAUACAGUGAAGCUCUCCAAGAACAAAGCCACCAAAUAUAGGUACUUCGGAGGAGUGUGCAUAUAUGUCAGUGUUUGAAUCAAAGAAAAAAUUAUAAGUAUGCAGUUUGAUAUUUUUGGAGGCAUGGCACUGCUCCCUGUGGCACUCCUUCUUGAUUACCGCACUGUUGCAUUUAGUGUCAGAAUACCACUGUAUACUUCCUUGUUAGUUAAGUUACUAAAUUGAUAAGUAUUGUUUCUUUUGUAUUGUUUUUGUUUGCCUACAAAAAGGCAAGAUACUGUAUGAGAAUCAGUAUAAAAAAUUGAAUGCAAAGAAACAUUUCUCUUA